AUGGCGAUUUGGGACCAACUGAAAGCUUCGGGUCAGCAAAUAGAUCCUGCCAGCAGGCAAGAGAUUAAAUAUUUGAAGAAACACGUUGAGUUGCUUAAGCGGGAAUGCGCAGAAGCCCAACGCAAAUACGAGAACCUGCGUGCUGUGAGAGUGGAUGGUGGUAGCACCGCUUUCUCCGACCAGGUAGCACAGGCCCGAUUUAUCCACGGAUUGAUUGAGCGAAUAGAAGAAUUUGCCGAUGAGCAAGUCUCUGCUUCGACGAUGCUUGAAGAGAGUUCUGGCGCUGCGACUACCUCAGCCGGAGGGAGCAACAUCUCCAACGGGGUGCGCGCCGAUCAAGAGGCCAGGCCAGAGGAAGUAAGCGGCCCACCUAUACCUGCAAUUCACGGCGCUGUUAUGGAUGCAGCUGCAACUGCGGACAGCUUGCCAUCACACUCAAGCCGAUCAGAGCGCUUUCUACGGUCGCCAGUAGAGGAGAGGGUAGUAUUACCAGCAGGGGAGACUCUUCGGAGCUCAAGCCCUUAUUCACCGAGCGAGAUUGGGCCUGGGGGGUAUUCUGAGUCUGAACGGCAUGUGCGACAACCAGACGCCGCAGAUAUCAUCACAGCAGAUACUGAGCAGGAAGCGCCUCCUGAACCGGAAUGUAUGUUUGUGAUUCAUGGUGACGGCACUCUUGUCACGGAGGAAUGGCGACGACCGCGAGCACCACCACCUCGACGACAUGAAGCGAAUGGAGCAGGUUCUAGUGCAGGCUCAGUCGCUUCAAUGCGGAAUUCAGCAGGAUCAUCUGGCGACGAUUCCAGCAACAGCAGGUCAAAACGGGCAUGA